UUUUUAAGAAUUCGAAAGAAAAAACACACACACAAUACAGAAAAUUGUUACAAACAUACGGUGCACAAACCGUCGAAAUUCAGUAUAUAAAUUGUUCAACUAGUCAAUUUUUUAUUGUUGAUAAUGGAUGAUCGAACUGAAAUAGCUCAUGAAGGACCCGCUGGCAUGGACCCUGAGGGUGUCAUCGAAUCGACCUGGCAUGAGGUCUAUGACAAUUUCGAUGACAUGAAUUUGCGUGAGGAGCUCUUGCGCGGCAUCUACGGUUAUGGUUUCGAGAAGCCGUCCGCCAUUCAACAGCGCGCCAUCAUUCCUUGCGUUAAGGGCCGCGAUGUCAUUGCCCAGGCGCAAUCGGGUACCGGCAAAACUGCCACCUUCUCGAUUGCUAUCCUUCAGCAAAUCGAUACGUCCAUUCGCGAUUGUCAGGCAUUGAUUUUGGCACCCACUCGCGAAUUGGCCACGCAAAUCCAACGCGUUGUCAUGGCCUUAGGCGAGUAUAUGAAGGUGCAUUCGCAUGCCUGCAUCGGUGGCACUAACGUGCGCGAGGAUGCACGCAAUCUGGAGUCCGGUUGCCAUGUGGUGGUCGGCACACCUGGUCGUGUGUAUGACAUGAUCAAUCGCAAGGUGUUGCGUACGCAAAACAUCAAGCUGUUCGUGCUGGACGAGGCCGAUGAGAUGUUGUCUCGCGGUUUCAAAGAUCAAAUCCAGGACGUAUUCAAGAUGUUGCCCCCUGAUGUACAGGUGAUUUUGCUGUCCGCUACAAUGCCACCAGAUGUGCUGGAAGUUAGCCGUUGUUUUAUGCGUGAGCCCGUGAGCAUUCUGGUUAAGAAGGAGGAGCUUACCCUUGAGGGUAUCAAGCAGUUCUAUGUGAACGUCAAGCAGGAGAACUGGAAGUUGGGCACGUUGUGCGAUCUGUACGAUACGCUCUCCAUCACCCAGUCGGUGAUUUUCUGCAACACCCGUCGCAAGGUGGAUCAGCUCACCCAGGAGAUGACCAACCACAAUUUCACCGUCUCGGCCAUGCACGGCGACAUGGAGCAGCGCGACCGUGAGGUUAUCAUGAAACAAUUUCGUUCGGGCUCUUCCCGUGUAUUGAUCACAACUGAUUUAUUGGCGCGUGGUAUUGAUGUGCAGCAGGUGUCUUUGGUUAUUAACUAUGAUUUGCCUUCCAACCGGGAGAACUACAUUCAUAGAAUCGGUCGCGGUGGUCGUUUCGGUCGCAAGGGUGUGGCGAUUAACUUCAUUACAGAUGAUGAUCGACGAAUCCUCAAGGAUAUUGAACAAUUCUAUCAUACUACUAUUGAUGAAAUGCCUGCUAAUAUUGCCGAUUUGAUUUAAAUAAUUUUGUUGAGCAAAAAAAAAAAAAAGAAAUAGUGAGUGAGCGCAAAGGCAAGAUUUUGCAAAAGUAACGAGCGAUUAAAAUACAAGAAAACAAAUUCACGUUAAAUAUUUAUUCAGAAAGAUCAUAAAAUUCAACAGAGACAGCAAAAGGCAAAAACAACAACUAAACAUCGCAGCGGGAGUAGGAAAAUAUAUGUAUAAACAUCAUCCAACGGCAACAACAACUGUCGUCAACGCGCCCUCUACAAGCUGUGCGUCAACAAAUACUACGUCGUCAACAAGCAACAAUAACAGCAACAAAUUAUUUUGCAUUCAACAACUAUCUAAAGAGAAAGAAACAAUUUGCUAAAACAAAACUAUUACCGCAAAAUACCAUCUACCAUUCAAUUUUUGCAGUAAGCCAGCAACAACAUUGUUUUAGCUUUUUCUAGAAUUAUUGAUAAAAAUAUAUAAAACCAAUACAAAAAAAAUAUAUAUACACAA